GUAGUUAUUACAUACUAUGAGUACAUAAGUCUGUUUAAUGUUUUAAACGUUUUUUAAACAAGCGAUUUCGUGGAGCUCACAGUCGUGAUUGUCUUUAAAUUCUUCGUUUUACUUUUAUUUUAUUUCGCGCCCUAUUCAUUUGUACUGUACAUUUAACGUGUUUGCGCACACAUAAGACAUUUUGAAAUAAAAUGACUGCUGAUACAAUUGUGAGUGCGCGAUGGGACCGAGAAAUCCGUAAAACAAUAAUAACGCCGGGCGAUUAUUCAGUUGUUCCAUACGAAGAUUCCCGGUGUAAACUAUCUCUAAGCAAAAUUCAGUGCAAAAACGAUAGUGGAACAUGUGAAAUAGAGCCUGAAAGUACAAUUUUUAGUCCCUCAUUUAACGGCACUGUUGUAAUAGGUGAUUUGGAUAACUUCCUAGACAAAGAUGUAGAAUUAAUUCUACAACAAAUGUGUUGCGGUGAAUCUUGUAUGGCUACUAUAGUAUAUAAAAAUAAUAACAAUGAACUUGUAAAGGAGAUAUCGUUUGAAAUCCAUUUAACAGAAGUUACAGAAGAACAAUUAAUAAGUGAUUGGAGUUGGAACAGAUUAUAUGAGGCAUCUAUUCAUCAUAAAGAAAGGGGAGUGCUUUUGGUAAAAGAGAAGAGAUUAGUUGAUGCUUUUAGACGGUUCAACAAAGCCCUUAAAAUGUUAGUGGCAAUUGAACCAAUAGAUCCAGAUGUAAUAGCUGGUGAACAAAUAAAAGAAAUAAUUGAUUUGAGGGUAAAACUGUAUAACAACCUGGCUCAUUGCCAGCUUCAGUUUAAUGAAUAUGAAGCCGCUAUAGAGCUAUGCAACCUAGCCCUAAAGAAUGAUCCAGAAAAUAUUAAAUCACUUUACCGCCGGUGCAUAUCACUUGCAGGCUUAAAAAUGUAUGAUGAAGCAUGGGCAGACAUACAGCAUGUGUUACAAUUAGAUCCAAAUGAUAAGGCUGCCAAGUUAAAAGCUACAGAAUUAAAACCUAUGAUAGAAAAGAUCAAUGAGGAUUACACUAAUGUUAUAAAAAAAAUGUUUAUAUGAUAGUUUAAUAAAGUAUAUAAAUUUAAAUAAAAAAUGUUAGACUUAUGUGAAACAUAAAUAUAAUAGUUCAAUAGAAAAUAGUUUAUAAAAGUAUAUAAAUUUAAAUCAAAAAUGUUAGACUUAUGUGAAACAUAAAUAUAAUAGUUUUCAUGCAAAUAAUGCACAUUUUGUAAUAGUAAUAGUGUAUAUGUUAGUAGUGUAAACUCCAUGUAACAUCUCUCGAUUUACUCCUGCACCCCCUAAAGCUGGUGCAAUAAAAGAAGCCACUAACAGACUACACAAUACUGUUCAAAUAUGAAUUGUUUUUUUAUGUAAUUACUCACAAAGAGAAUUUUUUUCUUUCCUUUCAACAACUCUUUGUAACGUUAAAAUUUGCACAGUCGCUUGAGUGUUGUUAUAUAGAGUUUAAACUGUAUCUCUAUUCUAUCUAAGCAGUAUGCUAGAUAGCUGGACUACAUAAUUUAACAGAAUCUGUCAUUUCCAAUUAAAAACACAAAUUUCAUUGGCUUAAAAAAAAAUAUAAGUAUUUGUUAUAUUAUUUGCUUAUGUAAACUAAUAAUAUGCAUUAUAAAAUAGAACUGAAUUUGUUUAUAGUUUAAUAAGUGAUAAAAAAUAUAUUUUAAUAUUUGUGUUUGAUAACAUACAAAUGUUCACCAACCUCAGUAGGUUUUAAAAUAAAUGAAUAAGACAAUAGAAGUAGUCAUCCUCAUCCUAAUAGAAUCCAAUAUAAAUAAUAGAGUAUCUUUUAUUUUUUUUAUUCUGUUAGAAAGUACUAGAAAUUAUGCGUGCAUAGUUAAGAUCUACGCGAGCACGCAUCUACGUAUAUUGCGAAUUGUUUUUAAUGCUUUCCAAUAGUGGCAAGUAACUUUCUUAUAGCAUGUACUUACGUAUUAAUUUAUUGAAGUACAAAUACAUGUCCAUCAUAACAAAUCUAAAUUUGAGAUCUUAAUACAUAAAUACGCCCACUU